AUGAGAGUUAAGACUAGCACCGCCCUCACCGGCAUUCUCGCCGCCACCGCCGCCACGGCGCAAAACGCAACGAGCACCUGCGCGACCGGCGUGUACAUCAUCGUGGCCCGCGGCAGCAACGAAGCUCCCGGAUCCGGCAGAAUCGGCAGCGUCGCCAAUGGCACUUUCGCAGCCAUUCCCGGGUCCCAGAUCGCGCCGCUCGACUACCCGGCGACGUUUGACAACUACUCGACCUCCGUCGCAGCCGGCGCCGUGGCUUUGAACGCCGCGUUGACCUCGUACAACGCACGGUGCCCGAACUCCAAGGUUGCGCUGUUGGGAUACUCUCAGGGUGCGCAAGUGACAGGUGAUACUCUGUGCGGCAGCGUCGACGAGGACGAGGGCGAGGCUCUCAACAUUGAGUUCAAUCAGACGGCGCCCGUUCCCGCAUCCGUCGUCGACCAAAGUGUCAUCGCCGUGAUUCUCUUCGGAGACCCAACCCACAAUGUCAGCGCAAGCUGGAACAAGGGCACGAGCAAGCGCAAUGGACUCUUCCCCCGUGAGAAUGUGACCAAGUGCGAGGCAUACGCGUCCAAGAUCGAGUCGUACUGCGACACGGGAGAUAUCUACUGCGAUCUCGGUAACAACACCGCCGUUCACGGUUCAUACUUUGCCAAUUACACCGACGAUGCAGUUGAGUUCAUCUGGGCACAGUACAACGCGUCCAAGUCAUCCAACGGUUCAUCGCCGACUGCCACCCCCACCACGGUUCCGGGAUCCGGAGCUGCCGACUCCGCUCCGGGCCUGCUGAUGUCCCUGGCUGGUUUGUCUAUGCUGGCGGCUUUCAUCUUGUAA